ACGACCACAACUCCAAUCACAAGUGAAACGAGCACAACUCCAACCACAACUGAAACAACCACAACUCCAACCACAACUGAAACGACCACAACUGAAACGACCACAACUCCAAUCACAAGUGAAACGAGCACAACUCCAACCACAACUGAAACAACCACAACUCCAACCACAACUGAAAUGACAACUGAAACAUCCACAAUUACUGAAACAACCACAACUCCAACCACAACUACUGAAACAACCACAACUCCAACCACAACUACUGAAACGACCACAACUGAUACGACCACAAAUCCAACCACAACUGAAACAACCACAACUCCAACCACAACUACUGAAACAACCACAACUCCAACCACAACUACUGAAACAACCACAACUCCAACAACAACUACUGAAACAACCACAACUCCAACCACAACUGAAACAACCACAACUCCAACCACAACUACUGAAACGACCACAACUCCAACCACAACUGAAACAACCACAGAUGAAACGACCACAACUCCAACCACAAAUACUGAAACGACCACAACUCCAACCACAACUGAAACGACCACAACUCCAACCACAACUACUGAA